CCGCAGCCCUGCAGCACAGGAAGGAGCAGACUCCGGUACCUGGCAGCUAAACCCUCAAACCAAGAGAGGUGGUCGAUUUCAUCAAUAAGCAAAUACUUCGAAAUGGAGUUAGUCCCCACUUCUACUCGAUGCAGCUGUGCAAGUCCUGGAGCGAUAUGGAGAAGAAGUUGCGAGACGUCCUGACUAACUCAGCAGUGGCAGAAGCCACCAAGGAGGCUUGUGCCUGGAAAACCCUGGCCCAGGCAGUGCGCAUGGCUCAGAGGCAGAAGCGGGAACACGCGGAAAAGGUGAAGAAGCUCCAGGAUCAGCUGGACGAGCAGAAGCUGUUCACCAACGUCUUGGUCGGGACGGUGAACAGACUCAGGGAUAUGCAAGAAAAGGAAAAGAAGGCGGCCCAGCUGCAGCUUCAGGAAAGCCUCACAGCCCUUCGUGGAGUGGAGGAAGAGCGAAACCUGCUGAGGAACGAGCUGCUCAGGGCGUCAAUUGCUCAGUCUCAAAAGCAGGACGGAGCUGUGGAAAAUAAGGGGAAGGAGGUGUGGAUGUUUGGAGCAGCAGCAGAAGCUGCAGCAGUUCCUGCUGGGAACAAUUCCAGAAGCACCUGGAAGGGUAAGCAUUACCCCUCCAAGAAGUUCUUGUCUAAAAGGCUUAAGCAAGAAUCUGGUUUCUCUUGCUCUGCAAGACAGGCCGUGAGGGGCAAAGGCGGGGAUUGGGACUGUCAGCAGUGUCAUUCAGUGAAUUUCUCAUGGCGCAAAAAGUGUUUUAAAUGUAAAAACUUCCAGGAUGCCAGGGAAGGUGAACGCUCUGCCCACAAUUAGGGGCCUCAUUAAAUUCUCACA